AUGAAGAAAGAAAGACAUGAACUUGAUCUGUUGAAAGAGAAGGAGAGAGUUCAAUUCGUACUUGAACUUAUCCGAAAGCAAGCUCCUUUGUCUCUAAAACAGGAGAAAUUCUGUAAUAACGCAUGCGUGGAGAGGUUUCUGAAAUCUAAAGGAGAUAAUAUCAAGAAAGCUGCAAAACAACUUAGGGCUUGUCUCUCUUGGAGAGAGACUAUUGGUAUUGAUAAUUUGAUGGCGGAUGAGUUCGCCGCCGAGCUAGCAGAAGGGGUUGCAUACGUGGCUGGUCACGACGAGGAAUCCAGACCCGUUCUUAUUUUUCGAGUAAAGCAAGACUACCCGAAAUUUCAUUCACAGAAAAUGUUUAUUCGCUUGUUGGUGUUUACAUUGGAGGUGGCCAUCCAAACGAUGCCCAGAAAUGUUUCUGAAUUUGUUCUGCUCUUCGAUGCAAGCUUUUAUCGCUCGGGUUCAGCUUUCAUGAACGUGUUGUUGGCGAUGCUUAAGCUCGUAGCUGAGUAUUAUCCCGGGAGACUCCAUAAGACAUUCGUCAUCGAUCCACCCGCGUUAUUUUCUUAUCUUUGGAAGGGAGUGCGUCCGUUUGUAGAGUUGGCACAUGCGACCUCGUUGGUGUCGUCACUCGAUUACGAAGAGCCGUUGGAUUCGAACAACUUCACUGCCUGUCCACGAGCCUCAUCCCUCCGAUUCGAAUCCUCGUCCUCAUCCUCCGGCCUUAAAUCAACGGCCAAGAUUGGAUCUUGUUCAUCAUCCCGUUUCACUUUCACAGUCUCCCAUAACUUGGAUUCCCUCAAGCCGUGGCAUCUAUCCUUUGCUGACUCAUCAGCCUCUAAGGUGGGCCCCGCCAUGAUCUCGCCACUCAAUGCCAGGUCACUCUCCUUCGCGUCCCCGCUGGCAAGGUCGACGGCGCCACGUGGCAACCUCAACUCUAUCCGUAAGCCGUCCACGCCGUUGCCACAGAGGUCCAGAAGGAUGGACGUGGACGUGACGUCAUCCGCCGCCGUGAAUAGCCACCCUAGGACUCCGAUCCCGAAGCCGUCUUCCACGUCAUUCUUCCAAUCUCCGGCGGUGUUCUUCAGAAGGGAGAGCCACGUCAGCAAGAAGGCGGAGAAGACUCGGGAAUCGUUUGGGCCGUUGAUGAGGUUUUACUGUCGACCGUACGAUGAGAUGAUUUAUAGGUCAAAGAUGAGGCCGCCGCUCGGUGGACUCAUCUCGAUCGUUCCAUCGCAACUCAAACGCCGCCACAUGUCGUUAUCUCAACGGUUCUGAUCAUCUGAGUAAAACUAUUACUAUUAAUAUCAUUACAUAUGUUAUUUAAUUUCUUUUCACAGCAAAUUGAGAUUUGACUGACGAAAUAGGGCAGUACUAAUAAUAAACUUCAUCUAUAAAUAUUUAUGUUUUUUUUUUUUUAAUUUA